CGCCUCCCUGCCUUUUUGUACAACUUCUCACCGAGCAGCCGGAGAACAGGCGUCGGGACGCGCGAAGAGAGGAGCUGUCGCUUGCCCUCGCGGGCCGUCGGUGGAGGCUGGGAGGAGAUUAGGAGACCGCCCUCCCCUCCGUUGCUCCACUCGCGGGACCUACACAGAAACUGGGUGGAGGAGAGAAGCGAAGACCCCGGAGUGGAGUCAGGAGAAGUGAGAACCCUGACCCCUAAUCUCACUGCAUCCGCCAACAGAAGCCCAGCCACCAUGGCAGAGCUGCAGGAGGUGCAGAUCAUGGAGGAGAAGCCACUGUUGCCAGGACAGACACCUGAGGCGGCCAAGGAGGCUGAGCUAGCUGCCCGAAUCCUCCUGGACCAGGGACAGACUCACUCUGUGGAGACACCUUAUGGCUCUGUCACUUUUACUGUCUAUGGCACCCCCAAACCCAAACGCCCAGCGAUACUCACCUACCAUGAUGUGGGACUCAACUAUAAAUCUUGUUUCCAGCCGCUGUUUCAAUUCGGGGAUAUGCAGGAAAUCAUUCAGAACUUCGUGCGGGUUCAUGUGGAUGCCCCUGGAAUGCAAGAGGGGGCUCCCGUGUUCCCUUUGGGAUAUCAGUACCCAUCUCUGGACCAGCUUGCAGACAUGAUCCCUUGCAUCCUUCAGUACUUAAAUUUCUCUACGAUAAUUGGGUUUGGUGUCGGAGCAGGAGCUUACAUCCUGUCACGAUAUGCUCUUAACCACCCAGACACAGUUGAAGGUCUUGUCCUCAUCAACAUUGAUCCUAAUGCCAAGGGUUGGAUGGAUUGGGCAGCCCACAAGCUAACGGGCCUCACCUCUUCUCUUUCGGAGAUGAUCCUUGGACAUCUAUUCAGCCAGGAAGAGCUGUCUGGAAAUUCUGAGUUUAUACAAAAGUACAGAAAUAUCAUUUCACAUGCACCUAACCUGGAGAACAUUGAACUGUACUGGAACAGCUAUAAUAACCGCCGAGACCUGAACAUUGAGCGUGGAAGCGAUAACACUCUCAAGUGCCCUGUGAUGCUGGUGGUAGGAGACCAAGCACCCCAUGAAGAAGCAGUGGUGGAAUGUAACUCAAAACUGGACCCCACCCAGACCUCGUUCCUCAAGAUGGCCGAUUCUGGAGGUCAGCCCCAGCUGACUCAGCCAGGCAAACUGACUGAGGCCUUCAAGUACUUCCUGCAAGGCAUGGGCUACAUGGCCUCAUCCUGCAUGACUCGUCUGUCCCGGUCUCGCACGGCCUCCCUGACCAGUGCAGCAUCCAUUGAUGGCAACCGGUCCCGUUCUCGCACCAUGUCUCAGAGCAGCGAGUCUGGGACUCUCCCUUCAGGGACCCCAGGGCACACCAUGGAGGUCUCCUGUUGAAUAACCCUUGUUACCCCAGUGUGGGAUCCAGCCCUCACCUCCCCCCAGCACUAACCUGGGAGGUACAUAAGGGCACUGGGCCUGAGUAAGCAAGGGAAAAUGGGCAGAUCAUAUAGGGAGACGAUCUUGAUCUUUGAUUGCUACCCUAACCUUGACCUAUAACCUGUCAUUCCCCCAGCUCCUGGGAGAGAUGUCCUAGUAUCUCUUAGGGACCCAGACCCUAACUUCUCCUCCUCCCCUAAUUUGGUGUUAAGGUGGAGGGCAUGUGUCCUCUUCCUGAUCUAGGUGUCUGUAGAUGAAGGAUAAGAGGUUGUUAUAGUUGUCAUAGUGCCUCCAUCAUACUCUCCCUACUUAUCCUGUAUUUGCAAGAGCAGGGGAUUUGGGGCUGGGACUCCAUUUACCAAAGCUGAUGUGGCUUCUCAUUAACAUUUCAGGCCUCUGAAGGGUAGGGCCUGAAUGAAUGUGUACUGGGGGAUGCUUGCUGGUGGGUUAGUGGUGCUCAGGACGUGACAGAAACACCCAGUGUGUAAAAAGGAAGUUGAAAUGGGAGGUGGUAGGCAGUGAACGAAUAUGGUAGAAGGACUGGAGCCAGGGCAAUAGGAGGUGCCGGGGCCAUUUGGCUGCACUAACUUUGGUAGCUUUCAGUGUGCAUCUUAAGUGGGACGGAGGAGGGAGCCAAGUUUGGGCCAGGCUGUUUGGGGCUUGGCAUAGGGGUGGAAAGGGCUACCUUGGGGCUCUGACCACACUGCGUUACAUGUGGAGGGUGCUCUCCUGUCUCCCACACCUUAUGCUAUAACAAUAAACUGUAGAGGAAUCUGAACACCA